AAAUCUAUAAAAUGAGCAUUAAUUCCUCAUCAAAAAAUUCACAAUCAAUCGUCUUUAAAAUAAAUUUUCAAAAUGAAUCCAACACACGAUCAAGAAGUUGUUUACGCCAAAGGUUGCACUAAUAUUGAACAAUUAAAUGAAUUGACCAGCUCGUCCAACCGUUCAAAUGACAACUUUAAAAUGGCUUUCUUCUAUAAUCCGCAGAACGAUUAUCAAAUUUACCAUAUUACUUGUGAAUCUUUGAACGAAAUCAGCAAUAAUGAAUUGCCUUCUGAUCAUACAUUCUAUUAUAAACUGGACGAUAAAAAUCUUUAUAAGAUAACUUGUAUUUUGAUUUCACACUCAUUAAUUGUUCAAUUUUUGAAUAAAAAGAUGUAUGGAAUUGAACUUAAACAAGGCGAUGAACCACAACAAGAAUUUUUGACUUUUAGUAAUUAUCAACGGAAUAAUUUAGAAUCUAAUCUGAAGGAGUAUUUAUUAGCUUCGAAACAAAUUAAGAAAUCUAACGUUAAUGUUUUUACUGACGUUCAACCACGAUUGUAAUAUUUUUUAAGUACAAUUAAAAGUUCACUUUUCCUUUAUAGUUAAAGUUACGAAUAUAUGCCCUUUUAGGUUUAUUCUUUCUAAGUAAAUAUAUCU